AUGUUGGAGAUUAUAAAUGUUGUGGGGGGGGGAUUGUUGUUUAUUGUUAUAUGGGUGGGGGGUGGGGUGGGGGGAUUGGGGGGAUUUUGUGGGGGGGUGGGUGGGGGGGGAGAAUUGUGUGGUUGUGGGGGGGUUGUUGUGGUGUUGUGGGGGGGGGGGGUGGGUGGUGGGGGGGUUGGGGGGGUGGGGUGUUUGGGGGGGUGUGUGUGUGGGGGGGGUGUUUGGGUGGUUGUGUUGGGUGUCUUUGGGUGUGGGGGGGGGGUGUGUGGUGGGGGGGUAUUUGUGUGGGGGGGUGGUGGGGUUGAGGGUGGUAUUGGGGGGGGGGGGGGAGUCUGUGUGGAGUGUGAGUAUCUGGGGUAUGGUUUGUAUAUAUGUUGUGACAGGGGGGGGGGGAUAGAGGUAUAUUGUCUGGGUUGUGAGGGGUUUGGUAAGGUGGUAAUAGUGGACUCUCUGGUAUUUAUGGGGGGGGGGGGGGGGGGGGGGGGGGGGGGAAAGUUUAUAUUUAUUUGUUAUGUGUAUUAUAUUUUAAGAGAGGGAGUCUGUGGGUGGGAGGGGAGAAUAUUUGGUUAA